UCGUCUACUUCGCCGCCCUCAUCUACAUGUUCCUGGGGAUGUCCAUCAUCGCCGACCGCUUCAUGUCCUCCAUCGAGGUCAUCACGUCGCAGGAGCGCGAGGUCACCAUCACCAAGCCCAACGGCGAGACCACCACCACCACCGUGCGCGUCUGGAACGAGACCGUGUCCAACCUCACGCUGAUGGCGCUGGGCUCCUCGGCGCCGGAGAUCCUGCUGUCCGUCAUCGAGGUGGUGGGCCACCAGUUCCAGGGCGGCUCCUUGGGGCCCAGCACCAUCGUGGGCAGCGCCGCCUUCAACAUGUUCAUCAUCAUCGCGCUGUGCGUGUACGUGGUGCCUGAGAACGAGGUGCGCAAGAUCAAGCACCUGCGGGUGUUCUUCGUCACGGCCACCUGGAGCAUCUUCGCCUACAUCUGGCUGUACCUCAUCCUGGCCGUCAUCUCCCCCGGGGAGGUGGAGGUCUGGGAGGCCGUGCUCACCUUCCUCUUCUUCCCGCUGUGCGUGCUCCAGGCGUGGAUCGCCGACCGACGCCUCUUCUUCUACAAGUACGUCAACAAGCGUUACCGCGCCGACAAGAAGCGCGGCAUCAUCAUCGGGACGGAGGGCGACGGCGUGUUCACCAAGAUGGACCUGGAGAUGGACGGCGGCCGCGGGGCCAACUGCUACUCCGACCCCAAGGAUGUCCUGGACGGGAUGCUGGAGGGGGUGGAGGAGGGCGGAGGAGGCCUGGACCCGGGGCAGGUCCAGGAGGAGGAGGCCCGGCGGGAGAUGGCCCGCACGCUGAAGGAGCUGAAGCAGCGGCACCCAGAGAAGGACAUGGAGCAGCUGAUCGAGAUGGCCAACUACCAGGUGCUGGUGCAGCAGCAGAAGAGCCGCGCCUUCUACCGCAUCCAGGCCACGCGCAUGAUGAUCGGGGCGGGCAACAUCCUGAAGAAGCACGCGGCCGACCAGGCCCGCAAGGUGGUGAGCUGCCACGAGGGCAGCGGCCAGGAGGAGGACCCCCACACCGUCUACCUGCAGUUUGAGCCGUCCCACUACCAGUGCUUCGAGAACUGCGGCUCCCUGAAGCUCUCCGUGGGGCGCCACGGCGGCGACACCGGCUGCACCGUCAAGGUGGACUACCGCACCGAGGACGGCACGGCCAACGCGGGCUCCGACUACGAGUUUGCGGAGGGCACGCUGGUGUUCAAGCCCGGCGAGGCGGUGAAGGAGUUCACCGUGGGCGUCAUCGACGACGACAUCUUCGAGGAGGACGAGCACUUCUACGUGCACCUCAGCAACCCCCGCGUGGCGCACCGCGCCGAGGUGGCCACCCUGGAGCCCGGCGCCAUCACCUCCGGCGGCGGCCCGUCGGGCGGCGGCCUGGCGUCCUACGUCCAGCCCAAGGCGGCGCUGGGCUCCGCCCACUCCGCCACCGUCACCAUCUACGAUGACGACCACGCCGGCAUCUUCACCUUCGAGAGCGGCGCCAUGCGGGUCAGCGAGAGCGUGGGCAGCAUGCAGAUCAAGGUCCACCGCACGUCGGGCGCCAGGGGCAAGGUGGCCAUCCCGUACCACACCAUGGAGGGCACGGCCAAAGCCGGCGAGGACUACCAGGAGGUGGCCGGCAAGCUGGAGUUCCAGAACGACGAGACCAUGUGA